AUGAAAGACACAAUGAACUGCCCACACACGUUGUCCAACGACGUUGUUUACAAAGAAGUUGUCGUUAUAGGGAACGGACCCAGCGGCAUGGUGACGUCAUUCAUGCUGGCCGGCAACGUGCCCUACCUCAAAGAGGUGCCCGAAGACUUGCCCAUUGACGAAAUGCUCAAAGCAAGGCUGUCAAAUCUACCAAAAGGGCAGAGUCUAUACGAAGCAGAUCUUAUGGAGCUAGCAGAAGGGUUGGAGGGAAGGAGCCAGAACCCAAUACCGUUACUGAUGGAUAACUUGAUGAGGCCCUGCGCUGACCUCGGCAUCCAAUCAGAUUCAUUGAUAGAAUGGCGAUACGACGCAGAGAAACAGAUAGAUCACGUGGUCCUGGGUCGGGGUCCAGCAGGAGGAGCUUGGCAUACGUUUCCUAGGAGCGUCAGGACCUUAUCUCCUGCCGCCUGGCUGCGGCUGCCCCCACACACUGGGGGGAACUAUGGCGACGAGGCCAAAAGACUGUCUGCUGCAGCAGUGGCAAGAUAUUGCAGGAGAUACGUGCACACUUGUGGACUGACGCCAUACUUCCGGUCCGGCGUAGUGGUGACGAGCGUUCGCCGUGCCCCACGACGGAUCACUUCUACAGCGUGCGGUCCAGGGUGCCCACAGAGAGCUAACUACUUGGUCUGCGGUUACGACACUUGGUCGGGUCGCGGGUUCCGCUACUGGUGCCGGCGCGUGGUGCUGGCCAGCGGCGCCAGCGACAGACCCAACACCUUACCCGUACAAUAUAAUGCCACUACGGUGCAUUCACUCGCUGCCUACGAACGAGCGUUGACACCAGAUGGCAGCGGCGCAGUAAUGGUAGUCGGGUCGGGUUUGAGCGCGGCCGACGCCGUAGUAGCGGGCGUGCGAGCGAGACGGCAAGUGAUACAUCUGCACCGCUCCCCCCCGCCCUCGCUGGCCUCCCUCACGCCGCACCUCUACCCGGACUACACUCAGGUAUACAAAAUGAUGCGCGACGGGUCAUCGGAAGAUUAUCCAGACUACAAAUCUUACCCAGAACACAUGAUCGUAGACAUCACCCCCUUAGAAGAUAUCACAACAAAACCUACACCCCAUGACCCAGAAGUGGACUACGAAACCAUCCGCCCUAAGAGGGUCAAACUACUGAACUUGGUCACAAACGACACCACAGAGGUCACGGUGUCCAUAAUAGCCGUCUUCAUAGGCUCCAAACCAGAUCUCUUUUUCCUACAAACGAAUUUCAACCUUAACUCCAUCGAAUUAGAACAAGACUGCAUCAAAUGCACAGACGAGAGAAACGCCAAGAAGAAAAUUGAAGACGAACGCCGCCAAUGUUUCCUUAGAAACCAUUGGCACUACAUAAAAUCUGUCUUAGGCCAAAGCAUACAGAGUUGCAAAUCGAGGUAUCUCAACUACACGGAAAUCAAUGGCAACACUGACACCAAAUGCAUAGUUCCUGAUUGCAACAAAAGGCCGGAGAAGACGAAAUGCACAUGCGACGAGAUAAAGACUGACGAUUGUAAAUACGAAAUCAUUCCCAGCGAAAACAAAUGCCAGUGCCAACUGACUAACCCUUAUUCCAACGGCAUAGGGUUUGGAAUGGACCCCAACAAACCAGUGGACGGUAGAUCUAAUCCCAUAGCCGUAGACAAAAGCACGCACGAACUGUUGAACUCUCCCAAAGGAAUCUACGCCUUAGGACCUCUGACGGGAGAUAACUUUGUCAGAUUCAUCCCUGGUGGAGCUCUGGCAAUCGCAUCCCACAUCCAUAGAAAAAGGAAGAUGUCAACGGAUUGA